GUGUCAAUAUUCGCAAAGGAAUUCACGUAUAUUUUUUCAGUGAUAAUCAAGAAUUAGGAAAUGAAGUGGUUCGAGGGAAAUAUUACAGAGGCAGUGGCGGCAUCGAAAUCGCGAAAGGCGAUUUUUGUUGUGUUCGUUGAGGGAAAAGAUGACGCGUCAUCGAAAAUUGCUAAAGUAAUUGACAGUGAAGAAAUUUCAUCUCGAUUAGAGCGGGAUGAUUUUGUUGCUGUCAAACUAGAGGGAGGCUCAGAAUCCUACGGAUUCUUUACACAAAUUUAUCAAUUGGUCCCAAUUCCAUCUAUGUUUUUCAUCGGCCAAAAUGGAACACCGAUAGAGAUAAUAGCUGGGGAAACGAGCGUUGCCGAUCUAACAUCGAAAAUUGACACAAUUCUGAAAAAAGCUGAUCCAACGUCAAAAGAUUCUUCUACAAGCUUUAUUCAGGCUGAACAAAAGUCAUCGGCAGGUAGCACAAGCUCUCUAAAGAAUAGUGAGACAGAAAUAAGCGUGAUCGAUUUAGAAAAAACUGAAUCGGGAACAAGCAUGGCGCCAAUACCUGCCACCUCACAGCAACUUCCAAAAGAGGAAAUCAAAAUUGAUAAUGAGGACAAAACUGCAAUCCCAGACAUUCUUGAAACUGAAAUAAAGCCUGCCCCAGCAAAACUGGAUUCCCCAUCCACCAGUCAAACUGCUACUGAAGCAACUAACAAACCGGAGCUAACAGCAGAAGAAAAGGUUGAACGAGCACGACGACUCAUUGAGCUGCAAAAAAGACAGCGAGAUGAAGAAGAGGCUAGGAAGGUUCGUGAAAGGGAAAUUGAGAGGAGAAAAACUGGGCAAGAAAUGCUGAAGAUAAAACAGAAACAGCAAGAAUUAGAAAUAAAGCAGGCCUAUGAUGAAAGAAUGAAAGAAAAGGCAGCUGAAGCUGCUGCCAGGGAAAAAGUCAGGCAGCAAAUUAUGCAAGACAAGCUUGAACGCAAGCAAAGGGAACUUGAUCAGCAGCGGCAGUACGGACAACAAACUCCCAUACAGGAACAGCCGAAACCGCGUACACCUCUUUCAAGUGACUCUGGAAUCGUGCGAAUCCAAUUUCGACCACCCAGUGGCAAUCCACACAUGGGGCAGUUCGAGUCUACAAGUACACUUGGAGCUCUUCGUUCUUAUGUUCUCGAUAACAUCGAGUUACCCUUCAGACAGUUUGCUUUGUCUACAUCGUUUCCAAGACGAGAUCUAACAGUCGACGAUGAUGCCAAAACAUUACUUGAAUUAGAAUUGGUUCCUACAGCUGUGAUAUUAAUUCUGCCGCUAAGAAAUACCAACAGCACGACUGCGGUAACAUCAGCCCAGGAUGAUGGCUACUUGUCACGGUUAAUGUGGGCAAUUUUUGCGGGUGUACUUUCUGUGUACGGCUAUAUAAAGGGAUAUUUUACCAGACCUCCGGCAUCUUCUGCAGAGCACCAAAGUUCUAGUUCAACUUCGGGUGGGGUUCAUCCAACUGCCAGCAAUACCGAUAGUGGCAAUUCGGAACCAUCUCCAAGUGUAGCAGCUGGAUUAUUAAGGCGUAAUAUUGGUGGUCAAGGAAGUGCAACGAUAAGGACGCAGGGCAACGUGCAUAGAUUACACUCGGGUGGUGAUCCGGAUAAUGAUGAGAAUAACACUUGGAACGGAAACUCUACUCAGCAAAUGUGAAAGUUCAAAUAUCCGUUGAAAAGUCGUCUGAAAUUAUCAUUCGUGAAUAAUUAUACGAUUACGUUGUCAGAGGAUUAAAACCGGAAGUGAUUAGAUUGAGGCAAAAGUCAUCAGAAAAAAAAAGAAAAACCAGUUCGAUAUUUAUUUUCACGACUAUUUUUUAUUGAAUCACAUUGUAAAACGAACACGUGCUUACCUACAUUUUUUCGUAAUGAAGUGUAACGAAUGUGCAAGAAACAAAUUGUCAACAGUUCUUAUAGCUCGUUAAUAAGCCACACCAUGCUUCUUCCGUUGUUGAACAAUCGAAGCUUAGUGCUGCUACGAGUAUAAUUACCAUAAUUUUUUUCUCUAUAAUACGGUGAUUGGAUUUCAAAAACGAAGGCGCAAAAAAACGGCAACAAUUCUAACUUAAUAUUAUAUCUUAUCUAUUGUUAACAGAUAAACCACAUAAUAAAUAAUCAUUUACAAUUAU